UGCGCGAGGCAUCCUAGCAGAGCUGGAGAGGAGGCAGCGGGUGGGGAAGGCGUCCGACUGGAGCUGGCGCACGGGGACCGGGGCUGUCACCGCGCUGCGAGCAUCGCGAGGGCUUCCCGAGCGUCCGAGCCCGACCCUGCGGCGGCUGCGGGUGCAGCCCUAGCCCUCCGCCUGCCUCGCUGCGCUUGCGGAGCCUCACGCCCCAGCGAUCGUUCGUGAUCUAGCACAAAGCACGUUUCCAAAAAGCGGCGCACGGGAGAGCAACCGCGCCGCGCUCCCGCGCACGCACCCCCUCUUCCCCUUUGUUUCGGGGGUCGACCAGGCUGCUCUCCUCCCCAAGUCCGACUUCUUCGCGGGGGGCGGAGGGCCGCCGAGUCUAGGCUGCGAAGAUGCCCUUGGAGCUGACGCAGAGCCGAGUGCAGAAGAUCUGGAUCCCCGUCGACCACCGCCCCUCGCUGCCCAGAUCCUGUGGGCCGAAGCUGACCAACUCCCCGACCGUGAUCGUCAUGGUGGGGCUCCCGGCCCGGGGCAAGACGUACAUCUCAAAGAAGCUGACUCGCUACCUCAACUGGAUUGGCGUCCCCACGAAAGUGUUCAACGUCGGGGAGUACCGUCGGGAGGCCGUCAAGCAGUACAGCUCCUACAGCUUCUUCCGGCCCGACAACGAGGAGGCCAUGAGGGUCCGCAGGCAGUGCGCUCUAGCUGCCCUGAGAGAUGUCAAAAGUUACCUGACGAAGGAAGGGGGCCAGAUCGCAGUGUUCGACGCCACCAAUACCACCAGAGAGAGGAGACACAUGAUCCUUCAUUUUGCCAAAGAAAAUGAUUUCAAGGUGUUUUUCAUUGAGUCUGUGUGCGAUGACCCCAUGGUCGUGGCCUCCAACAUCAUGGAAGUUAAAAUCUCCAGCCCGGAUUACAAAGAUUGCAACUCAGCAGAAGCCAUGGACGACUUCAUGAAGAGAAUUAGUUGCUAUGAAGCCAGCUAUCAGCCCCUCGACCCCGAUAAAUGUGACAGGGACCUGUCCCUGAUCAAGGUGAUCGAUGUGGGCCGGAGGUUCUUGGUGAACAGGGUUCAGGACCACAUUCAGAGCCGCAUCGUGUACUACCUGAUGAAUAUCCACGUGCAGCCCCGCACCAUCUACCUGUGUCGGCAUGGCGAGAGCGAGCACAACCUCCAGGGGAAGAUCGGAGGGGACUCGGGUCUGUCCAGCAGGGGCAGGAAGUUUGCCAACGCCCUGAGCAAGUUUGUGGAGGAGCAGAACCUGAAGGACCUCAAGGUGUGGACCAGCCAGCUGAAAAGCACCAUCCAGACGGCGGAGGCCCUGCAUCUGCCCUACGAGCAGUGGAAGGCGCUCAACGAGAUCGAUGCGGGCGUCUGUGAGGAGAUGACCUACGAGGAGAUCAAGGACACCUACCCUGAGGAGUACACGCUGCGCGAGCAGGACAAGUACUACUACCGCUACCCCACCGGGGAGUCGUACCAGGACCUGGUGCAGCGCCUGGAGCCCGUGAUCAUGGAGCUGGAGCGGCAGGAGAACGUGCUGGUCAUCUGCCACCAGGCCGUCCUGCGGUGCCUCCUCGCCUACUUCCUGGACAAGAGCGCAGAGGAGAUGCCUUACCUGAAAUGCCCCCUUCACACCGUCCUGAAGCUGACCCCCGUCGCUUACGGCUGCCGUGUAGAGUCUAUCUACCUGAAUGUGGAGUCCGUGAGCACGCACCGGGAGAGGUCAGAGGAUGCAAAGAAGGGACCUAACCCGCUCAUGAGACGCAAUAGUGUCACCCCACUAGCCAGCCCCGAGCCCACCAAAAAGCCUCGCAUCAACAGCUUUGAGGAGCAUGUGGCUUCCACCUCCGCUGCCCUGCCCGCCUGCCUGUCCCCGGAGGCACCCACGCAGCUGCCCGGACAACCUUUGCUAGGGAAAGCCUGUUUACGAACUGUUUGUCACAUUUUCUCAAAGUUUUCUCCCUACUAACCUUGGAAAGAACAUGAAAAGCACCCAGAGUGGCAUCGACUCCAGGACGCACUGAGGCAGGCCCGUCGGCUGCUGCCAGCUCUGUUCCCACAGCUUCUACUUAGUGCUUUUCCAUCUGCCCGAGGCCAGCCAUCCCCAGGACGUCUUCCGGAACAGGGCGGGGGGUGCAGAAGAGGGGCCCGCCGGUCAGAGAGAGCCUCGUGCCCCCGACGGCGGCUGAGGCCCCGGGAGGCCCUCACCGCGUGCGGACCCUGCCCCACACCCUCCCUGGCCUCGCUGACCGCCCCCACGAGGCUCGGAAAGGGCAACGAGCAGUGGAGGAGGUGAGAGAGGGCCCUGAGGAGGGGACGUCGGCCUCCAGGCUGUUUUGUUUAGUUUCCGUGAUCCUGACCUGGAACGUUCCAAGCGGGGGGGGGGGGGGGCGCUGGCCCCGGCACCCUAAACUCGAAGGGGGCCUCAUUGCUGAAGAAGAAGGGAUGUCAGAGACUGUCACAAGGCUCUUCUGUGCUUCGCGGCCCGGGAAGUUGCCUCGUGAGGGCAGGGCUCGGGCCAGUCCCGAAGGAGGAAGGCGAGCGCUCUGAGCAGGACUCGCUGUCACAAGCAGCCACUGCACAGCGUCUGCACAGCUUCCCGCCUCCGAAGAUGCUAACUCCUGCACAGUGUGGCCGUCCGUGCGGGCAGAAGGAAAUUCCUGCAGGAACAGCCCCGGGGCCUCACCCCUGCUGGAGCUCUGCAGUCUCCGCCCUCCUGUCCCAGCUGCCCACGGAGCGGUUUGCUUUUGCACUUUUUAAAUGGCAGAAGGCGGGACCUGAAAGUUGUACCUCUUCUUCAUGAACGUCGAUGUUUGGGGUUUGUGCCCUUGGGGGCUGGAGCUCGGAAAGAACGUGGGGAGUCGGGCGUGCCCGACAGAUGGGGAGCUUGGAGCGACCCCGGGAACCCGGAGUCACUUGGGUCAUGUUCAGGCCAACCUGGAAGGUGGCACGGAGGUGAUCAAGGGUCACCUCCUUCCUCCAGGAUGCCCAUCACCUCCCCAUGCUUCCCAGGUGGGGACGGUGGCCCUGCGGGGACCUCGCCUCCGAGAGGCUGUCCCUGGUCUCCCAGCAGGACUGAGCUCGGUCCACGGCGCUCUCCAUGUCCUGGCGAAGAGGAGGCGCCUGGAGGCCCAGACAAUGGUUUGGACACUCCCUGUAGGGAUUUGUCCACGUGACCCUUGGCAGGGUCUCUCAGAGCUGGUGCCCGAGGUCACAUCCCUGGCUGGGAGCCCGGCGGCCUCACCCCCUCGUCUUAGAGAGGCGCCGACAGGACGGUGGUGUGGCUUGGACACCCGGAGAGGGCCCCGCACCACACGUGUUCCUCUGGUUGGGGGUCAGUGGGAAGCUGGGACCUGCUGUGGCCGCCGUCCAGCCAAGUUCAUGGGUUUCACAUGAAACACUCAGAUCCCUCCCCCACCUCCCCAGCCGGGCACCGUGCUGGAGGAUGUCUGUGCCUCUCUGUUCCUGUGUGACCCGGAGAAGGGCUCUCUUCCCCUCCUGCCUUCUGAGUCUCAGACGGCAAGUGGGCCCGGGCACACGCGUGUGCUUGCACGUCUAGCAGCCCUGCCCUCGCGAGUGGCUUCCCUGUGGCCCUCUCUGUGGCCCUCCUUUCACGCCGGGUGUCAGAGCCCCCUCUGAGCUUGGACCCUUUCCACUGAUGCGUGUGGGCCCACCCAUGGCUGCUGAGGUCGGGACCGCGGAAGCAAACGUUCUGCGCAUGCGCCUGUCAGGGCCUUGACGGGGCGACAGCUGCUGAGGGACCCCGGAGAUUGCAGAGCGCUGCCCAGCUGGAACUGGAAGCCGCUGGAUGGAGGGCACAUCUGACCCGCGCUCACGGGGCUCCUGCCGCCCUGACUGUUGCCUCCCCCUCCCCAGGCCCCCUGAAAAAUUCCUGGGACCAAUUUUGUUAACUCGGUUGUCCGUGGGUGGGUUUACCCUGCUCCUCACUCUGUCCGGAGACCGUGGGUGAAGCCCGUCGUUGGCGGGGAGAAGAGACCCGGCCACACCGCCGAUGUUUUUCGUUUGUAAUACUUGAAAUUUAUUUUUUUAUUAUUUUGAUAGCAGAUGUGCUAUUUAUUUAUUUAAUAUGUAUGAGGGAGCCUGAACAUAGAAAGCUGUCUAGGUUGGGCGUAGUUGUUCGGUCGUUGGUUUUGGGGGGCCUUUUACGUGUGACUCAUGACUUCUCUGUGUUCUGUACAGUUGUCUGAAUUAAUGACCUGGGAUAAGGCUGUGCAAGCUUUCAAACGGGAUGCUUUUCAGAAAUUUGUAUAUUUUGCAGUUGCCAGAAUAAUAAAAUACCUGGUUGAAAUAUGCUGA